UCCACCGCGAAGGCGCGGAAUCCGAAUAUUUACAUAAUGGAACAGAAAUUUCACGAGCUCUGCGAUGCGCUAUUCUAUUUUUAAUAUACGUGCCUUGUUCUGUUCUUAUAGGCAAAUACAUGUAGCGCAUGAUGUCGUUCUGGAAACAACCUAAAGGAAUAUAUUAGUCUCUCAGCUGUUUGAAAUGUGAGCGAGAUAUAGCGAGGUCCAACUUUAUGUUUUUGUCUCAAUACUUGAGUUGUCACUUGUGUAUGUUGGUGAAACUGAUCCGACUGAAGGGGUCUGAUAGAUAGAUAGAUAGAUGGACUGUUUGAGGAUGAGUACUUCAGAUCUCAGUGGACAGACUGGACACAGUCCUGCUUCCAGCACUCCUGCAGAAUCCAGAGAGAAACUCCAGGAUCUGCUGCUUUCCGUGAAGGAGCUCCAUGACGCUGCACUGCACGAAUUACAGGCAAAAAUAACCAAACUGAAAAAAGAGCGCUGUCUAGAUGCUCAGAGACUGAGUGAAUUUCACAGCAAGAACCAGCAGUUACGAGAGCAACAGAAGAUCCUGCAGGAGAAGAUCACACAGUUAGAGGACAGGGUGUGUUCUGGACCAUGUGAUCGUUGUGCUGUGAUUGAGAAGCAGAUUAUAAAAACAAACACUGAGUUUAUUGAUGCUAAUCAGAAAAAUCUGUCUGUCAUAUCUGAGCUAGAGGCAGAGAGGAAGACUCUGAAAGAUGAAAACAGGAGACUGAGUCUUGAGCUAGAGCGACUUAGAAAGUCUGGUUCUCCGCAGAAUGUGUUUUCUGAGGCCGAGGAGGGGAUGAUCCCAGAUUCUCCUCGUCGUCCGCUGUCUUUACCUGUCGCCAGCAAGAUGAAACGACGGAAAGAACAGAACCACGUCCGCUACGCCGAGACACCAUUAUCACUCUCACACCCCGAACCCAGGCGAGGAGCUCCAUCCGUGCCCUUCGGCUGUAAUGGCAAUGGUGUGCUGGUCGCUGAGACAUGUGAAAUGGAUGUGACUUCUAUGGCAGAGCCUAAUACCAAGAAACAUUUCAGGACUGUGGUUCCCGAGACCUGCCGUAUAGAAGUCAAUCCAGAACAGUUUGAUGAGGAUAACGAGGAUGAUGAUCUUCACACUGAACGAGGCCAACAACCUGAGUCAAAUGACUGCGCAAACAUCAUCACUGCAGUCCAGAAUGACGAUUCUCCGUCCAUUUUGCAUUGCCGUCCGUUGGUUUCUCGAGAACAGCAGCAGCCGCCCGCAGACGACUUUCCACACACACCUUCAAAUAACAGCACGUGUGUGCCAGGUAAAGGAAAGAGGAAACAUACAGAUGGCAGGAAAAGAGAAGAGAAGAUUUCUGUUUCCAGCCUGGAUGAUCCUGACGAGACGGAAAUCAAGGGGAUGAUACUGGCUUCCACUCCAGCUAGUGGUCAUAAAGAGAGCAAGAAUCAGGAAACAACGGAUUCCAAGAGAAGGAAAUGUUUGGACCAGCACACACCUCGCAAAAGUUCUCUUCAGAACCAAAACACACAUUUCCCAUACGAUCAGAGCUGGAGUGUGGAUCCUGGAGCUGAUCUGGCUCAGUAUGAUACAGAGAGUUCUCUUCAACCAGAGGCCAGAUUCAGAACAGACUUGGAAACAAUGGACACUGACUGCACAUUUGUGAGUCACAGUCUGCUCCUGAGAGGCCAGAAGAGGACGGGACAAUCCCAAACCCCUGGGAUUGGGCAGAGGGCAAACGACAGCCUUGCUGACAUCUUCGAUAAGACAGGGUUCGGAGAAUAUGAGUCUUGUCCUCAGGACGAGAGCUCUGUUCCAAAACAAGACAGUACGUUCGAGGAGGAGAGAGGGGAAGAUGAUGAUGAUGAUGAUGAAGAAGAAGAAGAAGUGGCAGCAGAGGAAUUCCGCCGGCCUGCAGACCUGAAACGAGUGACGUCUGACGGGGAUACAUCUAACAGGAAUAAGUCUUUUGCUCGUGUGGAAGUUGUGCGUAAGAAAGACGAAAGGAGAAAACUAAAAGGCCAUUAUUGUAAAGAGUGUGAAAUUUAUUAUGCACACCUUCCAGAGGAAGAGAGGCUGAAAAAACUGUCCUCCUGUUCACGGCAUCGCUACCGCUACAUUCCACCUUCCACUCCGGAAAACUUCUGGGAAGUGGGCUUCCCGUCGACACAGACCUGUGUGGAAAGAGGAUACAUCAAAGAGGACGAUCAGCCGGACGUGCGGAUACGCAGGAGACGACCGUACCUCGCCAUGUUCUCGCCGAAAGUCAAGUCCCAAAAAAAGCAGCACUGAGUCGACCCGUUGUGACUUCAGAUGGGAUUUAAAAACCCCACUGGAACUAAAUGGAUAAAUGUGCAAUGUUGAUUGAGAGUGAAUCUUCUGCUCAUGUCCUGAAUAACAGCUGCAUAUUUUAAUUUAUUUUAUAUGUGUGUGUUACA